UUUGCAACACGUGAUAAUUAAGUAGUCUCCAAGUAGAACAAUUGUACAAUCAGUGCGUUUAGAAUGGAUCCUGAAGUCAAGCAAAAAAGAUCAAAAAUGUCGGCUUUGGAGCAAUUAAAAAAAUACACUACUAUUGUGGCUGAUACCGGUGACUUUGAAAGCAUGAAGCUUUACAAGCCCACCGAUGCUACAACAAAUCCUUCUCUCAUUUUAAAUGCCGCUAAGAUGGAGCGUUACCAGGAUAUUGUAGAAAAAGCUGUACAAUAUGGAAACAAAACCGGAGUAUCCUCUGAUGAUAAAAUCGAAGAAGCCAUGGACUAUUUGUGCGUGUUAUUUGGUUGUGAAAUUUUGAAAAUUGUUCCUGGACGUGUCUCGACUGAAGUUGAUGCCCGUCUAUCCUUUGAUACCGAAAAAAGCGUCAAGAAGGCUUUAAAAUUGAUUUCCAUAUACGAAGACAUGGGAGUCGGAAAGGAUCGCAUUCUCAUUAAGCUGGCCUCAACCUGGGAGGGCAUACAAGCCGCCAAAAUCUUGGAAUCCCAACACAAUAUCAAAUGUAAUUUGACUUUAUUGUUCUCCUUUGCCCAGGCCGUAGCCUGUGCCGAGGCAAAUGUAACACUCAUUUCCCCAUUUGUGGGCCGUAUUCUGGAUUGGUAUGUGGCCAAUACAGACAAAAAGAAAUAUGAGCCUAAAGAGGAUCCUGGUGUUGUUUCCGUUACAAAAAUUUACAACUACUAUAAGAAAUUUGGCUACAAAACUGUCGUCAUGGGUGCAUCAUUUAGAAACACUGGUGAAAUUAAAGCUUUGGCUGGAUGCGAUUUGUUGACAAUUGGACCUUCUCUGCUCAAGGAACUCGAAAAUGAUGCUGAUGAAAUUACACCCCAAUUGAGUGCUGAACAGGCAGCCAAAGUGAAUAUGGAAAAGAUUAGCAUGGACGAAUCUACAUUCAGAUGGAUGCUUAACGAGGAAGCCAUGGCUACCGACAAACUUUCCGAGGGUAUUCGUAAAUUUGCCGUUGAUGCUGUUGCUUUGGAAAAUCUCAUUCGCAAGCGCAUUUAAAAUAAUUUUUAAUUUUUUUCUAAUUGGUACAGGGCUCCAUUUAUACUACUAUUCCAUAUGUUACGUUAAUACAUACUAACUAACCCAUAUUUUUUGUAUGAGUAGAAAUAAAAAAUGGUUUUUCUUAAGAUUUUACAAAA